AUUGAAUCAUUGUCAAGUUAGUUGGUUAGUGACUAUUUAGCUCACAUUGUGGUAAAAAUGGAGCCUCAUAGGUCUAAAUUAAACCUCAUCAUACUCGUCAGUUUGUGCAUAGUCAAUAUUAUGAAGAUUGAAUCAGCAACGUUUAUGCUUCGAAUGACUGUUGAUGAAUCAGGACAAAUGACUGUUGAAUUCGACGGGAAGAACUUCACUCUGAAUGACGACUUCACACUAACAGUUCAAGAUAAGGACUGUACAAGGACAAUUUCAUUGCAACCACCGACCGGAGAUGAGCUGAUAACGAGAAAAGGAUAUCGUCCGGGGUCUUGGCUGUGUAAAAGGUGGUUUGAAAGAAACCGAAAUAUUCAUCCGAAAAUAGACGAAGUAAGACAGUACUAUGAAGAGCGUAAACCAUAGAGUAUGGCUGGGCUAAACAGUACUGAAAGGGAAAAAUAAUUCAACCAUGUAUAUUCAAAUACUCUCCUUUUCAAUAAACACUCCUUAUUUUGCGAAUGCAAAGUAUUCUUCUCUCUCUUUCUGUAGAUUAGAUCUUCUCCAAUAAAUGUAUAUGC